ACUCUAUGGCAGUGACAUUAUUCAUCAGUACUAGAUCUAGAUGGCAUUAAUAUUUUCUUGUUUAAAAAACUGGUAUUGUACAAAAAUAAUAAAUAUUUAUUCAUUUAUUGUUGAUUGUUUUCGUUUUACAAACAUGACCUGUAUCUACUAACUAGAUCCCCGAAAUAUAUACAAUUCAUUCCACAAUUCAUACCAAUCGACAACAGGAAUGGAGGAGAUAGAGAGAAGUUUCUCUUCUUUAAAAUCAGAUGAUAAAGAAACAUUAGAUGAGCAUAAACAACUUUACAAGAGUCGUCCGAAUCCAAAGCUAAGCCAGGAAGAGAGAAGGAAAAGUUUGUUGGCAUUGCAGAAAGAGAAAAGGCAAAAGCUACUCAAUGAAAAUAGAGAAUUGGAAGAAAUUUCUCAUUUGAAAAGAAAAAUCUCUGAUGUUUGGAAACAAGAAAUUGAUUUCAUCGAGCAGCGAAAAAGUGAGAGAGAAGACUGGUUCAAACAGACCCAUCGGUACAAAAAUACAUUAAUGUUAUCCGAAUGGUUUUUGGAAAUUCCAGACAAUUUUCCUGAAUGGAUUAUGGUCCCUUGUCCUAAAGGCCAAAGAACUCUUCUUGUUUCAAGAUUGAAUUGUGCAACAGCCUACAACAAAUACGGCUCACCGAUCACUACCUUCAAGUCUCAGUUACCUCGAAAUACAAUCCUCGAUUGUAUUUUCUGCAACAAGACAAGUACUUUCUAUGUACUGGACGUGCUGCAGUGGAACAGCCAUUGUUUGCGAAAUUGUCAGACUGAUUUCAGAUUCUAUUGGCUGAAAUCGAAAUUUUCUGAGUAUCCACAAUUAGGAUUGCAUAUGGGAAGCAACGAGUGUGCGAUAAAAACAAUCGAAUGGUCAAAGUGCGACAAAUGCCUUCUAACGGAAAUAAUGAGCAGGCAUCCAAUGUUCGAGAACAAUGAGCCCGAAUUGGACGGACUGCUCUUCUAUCACCCGGAAGUGUUCUACUCGGCUGGCUCGACUCCGCUUGUCGGCUGGCUCAAGCCGUUCAUGAUGCCUCAAGUCCUGUCUGUUCCUGUAUCUGACCAACAUCUACAAGGAAAGCCACUCGGUUGCGCUUCUGUCAACGACUACAUAGAAUUGUUUAAUCAAAAGUCAACAAAAAAGGCACCACAAAAAAGAAGAGGAAGAAACAAACUGAUGAAGUUUGAUGAUGAGCAGAAAGAAAAUGACUCUGACCUCUCUUCCGCAAUGAACUCCACUUGUGAAAGCAUAGAUGACAAUUCUAUCAGUGACGUUCACAUUCCUGAGCCGAGCAUGGACACUUAAUUAGAUCUCUUGUCAUCUACUGGAUCUCAUUCAUAAAUUAAAAAAGAAAUAUACCCAGUGAUUCAAAAAGGACUUUACAACUUUGAAAAUUUACAUAAAUCUUAUUAACAAGAUACAGAGCUGGUUUUGGUGUUGUUUUAAAGGAAAACGUCAAAGAUGGCUGCCUUCACUGGACCCGAGCGUGCUAGCUGUGUGUUUUGGUUUGAAAAACGGCAUAGUGUACCUUAUUAUGUUGCAAAAAUGUUUGAUAUCACAGAUCGAUGAGGAUGACCGAGAACGAAAUGUUUUCUUUAUGCAAGAUGGCGCACCACCACACUAUCUGACUGACGUCCGGGAUUUUCUCAAUGACCGCUUUCCAAAUCAGUGGAUUGGCUGUAAUUAAUGGAUUGCGCCAAUUGCAUGGUCCCCUCGUUCCCCACACCUAACACCGCUGGAUUUUUUCAUAAAAGAUAUGGUGUACGCACCUCCCUUGCCAGCCAUUCUACCUGAACUUAGAGCAAGGACUUGCGCUGCUGUUGAGCAAGUUACACCUGAAAUGCUAGUGCGCGAGUCUGGGAAGAAAUCGACUAUCAAUGUCUGCAGGAUAACCAACGGAAGUCACAUAGAACAUCUUCUGUUUGAGGUGAAAAAACUUCAAUUGUUUUCCUUUAAACCCACACCAAAACCAGCUGUGUACCUUGUUUAAUAAGAUUUAUAUGAAUUUUCAAAGUUGUCAAGUCCUUUUUCAAUCACCCGCUACAUUUAAUGUUUGUUUAUUUUUUUGUUUGAAUUUUUAUCCUUGAGACUCUUGGUGAGUAUAAGAAAUCAUCAAGAUUAAAACAA